UCACUUCUGUCCCCGCUCUGGGGAAGGGCUCGGGCCAGCUUCAAGAACUGCCUUGCCUCAAACUCAGCUCUCCAGCAGCAGACAGGACAGCGUUAGCGUGGCGAGAGGCCCUGAACUCUGAGCCAGGGCCAUGGAGGCCUCUGUGCUGAGCCCCACAUCCUGGGAGAAGCGGCGGGCCUGGCUCCGUCAGAGCCGUAACUGGCACACCCACGUCCUGGAAGAGGAGGCUGCAGCCGCCCUGCAGGAUGUCUCAGAUCCUGAGCCUUCCAGCCUGGAUGACGUUUUCCAAGAAGGGAAUCCUAUCAAUAAGAUUGAAGACUGGCUGCAGGAGUGUGGAUACUCUGAGGAAGGACUUUCUGAGGAAGCAGGACAGGCAAUCUACAGUGGGUGCUCCAGCCAUGGGACCAGCUUUGAAGAUGACUUAACUCUCGGAGCAGAAGCCACACUGCUGGCCACCAAUGGCAAACUCUUCUCCAGGAGCUUCCUAGAGACAGCCAGGCCUUGCCAUCUACUUGAUCUUGGCUGUAGUUUGGCUUCCAGCAGCAUGACUGAUGGGACCAACAAGACUAGUUCAAGCAUCUCAGAGAUUCUGGACAAGGUGCAAGAAGAUGCAGAAGAUGUCCUCUUCAGUCUGGGCUUUGGCCAAGAGGAACAUAAAGACACUUCUCGUAUCCCUGCCCGAUUCUUCACCACCCCCUCUCAGGCCAAGGGCAUUGAUUUCCAGCUCUUCUUGAAGGCCCAGGUGCGGAGGAUUGAGAUGGAGGACCCCUGCCUCAUGCUGGCCAGUAGGUUUAAGCAGGUGCAAACACUGGCUGUCACUGCUGAUGCCUUCUUCUGUCUGUAUUCCUAUGUGUCUAAGACACCUGUCCAAAAGUUCAUACCAUCCCGCAUGUUCUGGAGCGAUCCAACUGAUGUACCAUCCAUCAGGAUUCUGGCCCCAGAGCCUGAGCCCCAAUCACCUAGAGAGCGCCUCCGGAAAGCCAUCUCCAAGAUGUGCCUAUAUACAUGCCCCCGAGAUCAGCUAUCACCACCCCACAACACCUCCACAAGGAACAGUAUGGACCAAGUGGUGUGGGAAGUGAUGGACAGAGUGAAAGGAGAAAAGUUGGUCCUCCAGCAAGACUCUGAGUUUUGGAAAGGCCCACAGGAAAAUCCUGUGCCUCCCAUCGGGGGCACAAAGCUGCCCACUUCUCCCUGUCCAUGUGUCCUGUGCUAUAAAGAGGAAACACACCAGGGGAUGUCCACAGUGUUGGCACCACCGCAAACUCUGGAUUCUAACCCCAAUGUACCAUGUUGUACACAUUCUCUGCCCAGAGCAGAUCCACAGUGGAGCGCAGACCCUGCACAGGUAAGGAGAGAACUGUGGGGUCUGCAGGCCACCAACAAGGAAGCCCAUUCAGCCAAGGAUGAGACUUUCUGGAAAAGAAAGACCAGAGCAAGAAAGAGCCUGUUUCAGAAAAAUCCCAUGGGCAGGAAGGUUAAGUCUUUGGACCUGUCCAUUAUUCAGCAGAAAUGGAAGCAGGCUGUAGACAGACCAGAACUGCAGCGACCUCCAACCCAGCAGCUGCCAGACACUUCUGACUUGGAGGAGGUGCAAAGCAACAGUGAGGAGGAGGAGAGCUGCUGGCCCAGCAGACCCAGACAUGCUCACCUCUCCCAGAAUUUUGCUGGCAAAGACUCAAGAAGCUUUCUUCACCACCACAACAGCACGUGCUCUGAUCUCAGCAGCUUCACAGAAGAACCAAAUUCUCACAUCUUCUUGCCAGAAAGUAUAUUGCCCUCAAAAUCCAGCCCCUGCUCCCUGGCCUUCCAAUCCCCUGAACUCAGUAGGAGAAAGGCAGCAUGGUACACCUGAAGGAAAACCAGACUGAGAGACUUAGAAUCUACAUCCUGAUGCUGCCACAAGCUGCAUGCACAGAGCACAUCACUUCAUUUCCAUUUCUCUGCACGUUGGUUUCUCCACUGUGUGGGUAUUAGAAUACGUGAUAUGGACAAUGA